UGAUGUGAUAUGAAUUAGCUGAAUAAUUUGCCUUCUUGUUGAAGUCAAUUUUAUGAUGUUGUUAUAUAAGUGAAGUGCCGAAAUUACUUACAAAAAAAGUGACAGUCCCGUUCGGGAUGAAAGGGUGACUUUCUACGGAUGACCCUCAUCCCAUGUGGGCUCUAUCGGUCGACUUUCAACGGAGGAUGUUCAUCCCAUAUGGGCUUUCUCUGUCGACUUUCGACGAAGGAUGCUGCUCCCAUUAUGACCUCUUGUUAUAUGAAAUAACAGCUAUUGCAUUGUUGUUUUAGGGAAAUGUUGCAAAUAAAUAUUGUUCCUAUCCAACUUUGAUUUUAUUUGUGCAGAUAUAGUGCUGUCAUGUACCUACUGGUAACUUUUUCCAAAGAUUACAAAUAAUUUAUUAAUUUUAAAAAUUUUCUUUGCAGUUUUCGAAGGCAAUGUUUUAUGGGAGACGGAAUGCUGCCUUGGAGAACCAGGACAUGGAGCAAGCUGACUGGAUAGCUCCAUUAGAGCCUGAAGGCAGUGACAUCGAGGUUGAUGACCCCGAAGACUGUGACAUCAGGGACCCUACCUUCACUCCUGACGACGACCUAGACCAGGAUGAAGCAUAUGAAGAACCUUCAACUUCUAGAGGUAGACAAGGUCACAAGGUCAGUAGGGUUAUCCCUCAAGCUAUGCCGGAGGAAGAGGAGGAAGUGCAAUCUUCUAGUAAGAAGUCCAAGAAUCGACACUGGAAGAAGGAAGACAUUCAAUAUGAGCCUCUGCCUGACUUCAUUCAUCCUCGUCCCGACUUUCUGAGACAGCCGUAUGAGUACUUCUCUCUUUUCUUCACUUCCGAAGUGAGAGAACACAUUACAUACCAGAGUAACCUGUACUCCAAGCAGCAGGAUGUGGCCAGUAACUUCAACAUGAGUGAAGAGGAACUUUUGGUUUUCCUGGGCAUCAUAAUGUACAUGGGGCUGGUUCCUUUGCCCAGUAUUGUGGACUAUUGGGCUGUCCAGACAAGAGUUCCUCAAGUUGCUGACUUUAUGUCGAGGAACCGCUUUAAGUCAAUACGUUCGAAGCUGCACUUCAAUGACAAUGACCAAGCAAGUGGAUCACAAGACAAGUUUUUCAAGGUGCGACCAAUCUUCACCAAUGUUACCAAGGAGUUCCUGAAGGUGCCUGAAACUCCAGUCAAUUCCAUAGAUGAGGUGAUGGUCGCGUACAAGGGAACUACGGCUGGUAACCUUCGCCAGUAUGUAGCCAAGAAGCCAGACAAGUGGGGCUACAAGCUUUUCUGCCGUUCCAGUGUGGACGGGUUUAUACAUGAUAUCCUCAUGUAUCAAGGAGCUCCAACCUUUGUGAGCCACCCUACAACACUUUCAGAAGAGGAGAGCUCAAUGAAUGUGACUACAAAGUUUGUUGUUGCCUUAGUCAAGACCAUCAAAGACCCAAGGAAUUCAGCUGUGUAUGCUGACAAUUACUUUACAAGCAUUGGCUUAGCAGAGUACUUGAGGUCCCAGUAUGGAUGCCGAUAUGUGGGCACUGCUAGGGAGAACAGAGUUGGCUUUCCAUCCCUGCAGUCUGUGAAGGACAUGAAUAAGAAGUCGGUACCAAGGGGCACUCUUGAGUACGUGUCAUCUGAUGGCAUCCUCAUUGCUAGAUGGAAGGACAACAGCAUUGUCACAAUCCUGUCUACGGAUGUUGGCGUGGAGCCCUUGGGCGAGAUUGAUCGGUACUCCAAAGAGGUCAAGAAGAAGGUUCCUGUUUCGUCUGGACAUCUCUACUUGGCUGAGGAGCUUCAAGAUGUCUACUACCAGGGUCACCAGAACUUCCCUUGGCACUCGAGAUGUCCCUCUGCCUAG